GCUUGUACUACGUAGCUGUAUAGGGUCUCUACCAGAACGCCAAGACAUCCCAACGACAGCUUUCGAUGUGAACCGACCUUGUCACAUCUAUCGACCGCAACGAUCUUUCACCCCUGAAAGAAUCAGUUAUUCAUCAUGGAUCCCUCCACGCUUCCUUCUUUAAGCCAUGAUAUUCUCCCAUAUAAUUAUCUACGGGAAUCAACGAUCAAGACGGUCGAAGACAUGCGGUCCACUUGCCUGUCCCGAGACUUACCACGGUUUCAAAUGCUAUUCAACACGUGGCUCGCCGACAACUCUUGCCGCAACAUAAACGAACUCAGUAUGGUUAUGAUGGAUGCUGUGGAUUAUGGCUGUGGAGGUAUUGUUUCAGAAUUAUUACGCCGCGGAAUGAAAAUGCAUUUUACCUUCGCCUUGAGAGCUAUCAGUCGAAAGUCGAAGGACAUCCUAAGUAUUUUCCUUGAGCAUGGAUGGAACAUAAACGAGCCGAUCAGUGAGACAGAACCACCGAUACUUGGGUAUGCCAUCAAAGACCCGGAGAUGACUAUCUGGUUACUCGAUCAUGGAGCUGAUCCUAAUUCAUCGUGCUCGAUUGACCUCACGCCUGUGUCUUAUGCCGUCGAAUAUGCCUCUGUUGAUAUUAUCAAACUGCUCUUCGACCGCGGUGCUGAUAUUCGCAAGGGACAACUCCUCCACCAUGCCAUUGAACGAGAAAUCGACGUAAUCGAUGUGGUGGACAUGCUUCUCAGACAAGGGGCUUCAAUCAAUGCGAAAAUGUACCAGGACCAUUAUUUUUCCUGGAGACUAUACUAUUUCAUGGGCCUUGGUACUCCCUUGCACAAAGCUGCAGAAUUAGGAAAGAUUGACCUCGUUCGCUACUUGAUCAGCCAAGGAGCAGAUGUGAAUCUUAAGGAUGCAAUCGGUCAAACAGCUCUACAGUGUGCAGCUAAGCGUGGCCAUUCUCAUAUUGUUGAUCUGUUGCAGUCCGGAGCCGAGAAAUGAUACAGUUGAUGCCUGUCGGAUAAUAUCGGAUAAUAUCCUGACCGUGAAAUUACGGAGAUUUUUAGAUUAAUGUCAGGAGCUUCAAGAAGGAGUCUGACAGUUGUUAGCCGGGAUCAUGUCAGUGUUUGGAAUGACACUCGGA